AUGCCUAUCCAUAUAGCGGACCCAAACAUUACCCCAGAAUCUUUACCCAAAGUUUCUGAGGAAUAUUUAGUCUUUUACUCGUCUAUUGUAGACGGGCAAAUGUGGUGUCCAGAUUGCCUUGCUGUCGAAGAGCUUGUCGAGCGUACCUUCUCUUCUGAAGAUGCCCCCUCUGCGCUAAUUGUAUAUGCUGGCGAUCGUCCUACCUGGAAAUCUGCAUCGAACAUCUUCAGGACGGGACCAUUUGCCGUUCAAUGUGUACCCUCUAUUGUAAAGAUCCAGAAUGGCAAAGAAGUCGGCCGUUUGGUUGAUCAGGGAGAGAUCAUCCCGGGUUUGGCGAAUUUUGUUCAUUCCUGA